AUGCCUCCAAAACGAAAGUCUGCUGCUAAGUGCUCUGCACAAACUAGACAAUCGAAGCGGAAGAAUACAGUGAACUCAUUCCAGCUGUUGGAAGACCAUGAUCUGACUGACAUCACACCUGAGCAUGUCAACCAUGUUUUUUUACUUGACUCAUCUGUGGUGCCAGAAGGUGGCCCUACAUGGAUUGAGUUUGAUAUGCUGAAGGAGGAAAACUACCACAAUCUGGAUGCAUCCAAACGGGAUAACUAUCUACUACCCUUCCUCAUCCGAAAAUGUGCUGUCAAAUUACUAAAAUCCAUGCAGGCGUUAAAGGAACAAUUUGAUGAGAAAGGAGUGUUUAUUAAUGUUGGCAGAAUACUCACUGGCACUGCUGGUGCGGGAAAAUCAUACGUUCUGUACCAUGUUGUCCAGUUUUGCCGGGCCUCAGGAUGGCUUGUUCUUUAUGUUCCAAGGUUGGGAACACUUGCAAGAGAGGAUAAUGAAGAAGCAGCCAAGUUGAUUUUGGAAGCUUUUUUGGAAGGUAAUGAAAGGCAACUUAAGGACAUGAAGUAUCAUGAGAAGUCCCUCUAUGAUUUCAUUACAGAGGGUUUCAAUGAUGAGAAGUAUCUAGCAACUUUUAAGAAGAUCAUAACUAUUCUCACUGGAAAGCUCACAAUCCCUGUUCUCAUUGCUAUUGAUGAGUGGAACUCUCGGUUCACUGGAGAUAGUUUAUGCUGGGAAGUGCUCAAUACUUUUAAUGAUAAGAUGCUGAUGUCAGGAUUUUGGCUCUAUUCUAUCUCUACGGCAUUUGAUCCUGUCCAAAGUCUCAGAAAUGCUGAUGCAACAACAAUUACCAUUGACAUUCCACCCUACAGUGAGGAAGAAUUUGAUGCAAUCUUAGAAUGCCAGCAAUACUUUAGGCGACUCCCUGCAGUCAUCAACAAGGAUCAGAUCCGAUACCACUCUGCCCUUAUUCCACAAAUGAUUUUAUAUUGGUGUUUGGAUUGGAGUCCCAACUUGGGAAAACUAUUUGAAGAUGUCCUGAGGUCCUUUUCCAAUCAUGCUGUCAAGUAUUAUAAAGGGAGAAUCCAGAAGACCUUGGAUCGAGCUAAGCAUUUGACUACUAAUGAAGAAUUGAUAACACAUCAGACUUUGGCCUUCUUCUACAUAAAUGUUGCAGUGAAAAGUCUUCCUGCUUUGUGGGAGAUUUCUGGCCUAUUUGUUGAGGAGAAAUCAGAGGCAGAUGGUGGUGAAUAUGUUUACAAAUGUGUCUGUCCUCCCAUUCAUGAGGCUAUUAUCAAAUAUUUUUGUUGGGGUGAUAGUAAUGUUCAAUCAACUAUUGGUGUUCUGGUUGCAGAUUCAUCAACCAACUGGUGGACUCUUGAGCUACUGGUUGCUUGUUACUUUCGCAAAGGAACCCCAACUACUAUCAGCUUGAUAAACAAGGAUCUAAUGGGAAAGAAGCAACAACAAGAGAAAUUGCAUAUCACCAUUUCUAUUGACUUUGAACAGACAGUGCCACUUAUCAAUACACCCAUAUUACCAGGGACCUUUUUAAUUUUACGUCAAGGACAUCCUGUCUGUGACUUCAUUGCUUACUCUUCAGAAAACCAUGGUGAACUCUUUUUUAUCCAGGUUUCCAAAUCAUCAUAUAUGGCACACAACUCUAAGGUCACUGAUUUAGGGGACACAAUUCGAGGGAACAAAUCGAUUUUGGAGCACUAUAUGGAUCUUUGCCUAAUGGAGGAUGGGGAGAAGAGGUUUCCAAAAGUCAAAAAUCAGGACAUUAAGAACCUCAACAAGAAACUUCCUACUGGCGUCUAUUAUGUGUACAUUACAACAUCAGAUUCAGUACUCAGAUCAAGAAACAAUUUGAAGAAUCAUCCAGUCAUUCUUGUGCAAGGUGAUGAUGUUAGGAGUGUUGUGGGUGUCACUUGGGAUUUGUACAAAAAUAAAAUUUAA